AAUUGUAAGAUGAGUCAUUCCAGCUCUUGUCAACCCCUAAAAGCCCUUCAAUUUUGCUCCCUUUCAAUUAUAUCAGAUAUAGCAUUUUUACAAUAUUUUUGCUGUAAUAAUAAUUUUCAUUUUUUUAUUCAGUAAUAAUAAUAAGUAUUGAUUGAAAAAAAAAUCUAAUUUAAUAACGAAAUAAAAAUAAGCGAAUUUACGUUUGAAAAACAUGAAACUUUUUCGUGCAUCGAAUGCGAAAUCAUACUCGUCGCCAAGGGUGAGUCAGCCACCCUCCCGAUGACGGUCAAGGAGACCAUUGGAGGAAGUGUUCGAAGGAUGGAAGGAGGAAUUUAACAGAAGAGGGGAGGGAAAUGAUGCUGUGCGAUUGGCCAACAUUCAGGGCCGGAAUUUGUGGUGGGAGUUGAACAGUGUGAGCGUAGGAUCGACAGAAGUAAGAGUGAAAGAGUGGUUCGCCGGUGUUACUUGGUGUUACGUGCUACGAAAUCACUAACCGGUCAGUCAGUGUACUGCUUCCAUCCUGCCCUUGAACACUUGGCUGGACGGUGUUAACGUUUGCCUACCUUUCUAAGUGACAACUGACAGAUUAAAGAGUACAACAAAUCACCAUGUCGAGUCCGUCGUUGAAAGACCUGCCAAAAGUAGCCUUAGAUUUGAAAAGCGAAUUGGAAGGUUUCAAUCAUGGCUGUAUGAAAAAAGCCUCAACCGCUGAAAAGAAUGUUCUACCUUCUGCUGAAGACGUACGACAAGAACGACAGCAUUCUGAAUUAAUCCACGAUGUGGAAACAUUUAAACCAGAUCAAUUGAAACACGCCGAUACGAAAGAGAAGAUCAUAUUACCCAAUGCCAAAGAUGUAGCUGCGGAGAAAACUCAACAAACGCUGAUGUCAGGCAUCGAGACAUUCGAUCCGAGUAGUCUGAAGCACACUGAAACUCAAGAAAAGAAUUUGCUACCUGACAUGGAUGCAAUCCAGCAGGAAAAAGGAAAGCAACAGCUGAUCUCUGGUAUUGAAAAUUUCGAUCCCGCGAAAUUAAAACAUGCAGAAACACUUGAGAAAAAUCCCUUGCCUACCAAAGAAGCAAUUGAUGCAGAAAAAAUAGCUGCUUAAAGCAAGCAUUUAAAAUAAAAUGAACGGAAAAGAAAGGGAGCGGCGACUCGUCAUUUCUUCCAUUUUCGAUAUUGUGACAUUUUAUAACAAUUAUUCAUACAUUGUCAACAAGAAAUAAGGAGAAUGCGAAACACUGUGUUAAUGUAAUCUUAUGAUUAUACUUAUCCUACCGCCAUGAGCGUCCCUUUCGGCGAGAUGCACAAGUCGAUUUUUACAUAAAACUAUUAACAGCAGAACGACGAUGAAGAUCCAAGUCCAAAUUUAAAAAAAAAAAAAAUUUGAUAAACUUUUACAAGCUAUCAAUUUGAUUCUUAACAUUACCAGCAAUAAAUAACUUUGGACUUGUAUCAACAUCUGUCUUUAAUAUUAACUCGCCAAAGGAUGUACUUUUUAUACUAAGAAAACUGCACGCAAGCAAACAUUAUUUUCGAUAGCAACAAAAUUGGUAGCAUUGCAUGCGUUACAGAAUAUCGCAAUGGUACAGCGGUUGACUUUAUAUUUGUGUAAAAAUCAUAUUUUAUAUAACAGGCUAUUGUACUUUUUUAAUAUUUCGUACACAUCGCAUUGUCAUUCCGAUGAAAAUUAUGAUGAAUAAAAAAAAAUAAUUUGUAAG